AUUCACUCUGAGACGGGCGGCCAGCCGGCCCGGACGAACGCGGUGCGUCUCGUAACCUCGUAAUCGGCACCUCAUCAUCCUUCGUCAUACGAUAACACCACAUCACUCUGUCACAGCGCCGGGAUAUUGGUGAACUCACGAGGCGAACACUUGGGGCCCCAUAGAGAGGGCCCCCAACAGGAAGCGGCCGCCGUAAGGCGGUCAAACUCUGUCAGGCAUGGAGCAGUUCGAGCAACUGCUGACGUGCGCGAUAUGCCUGGACCGAUACAGGAACCCGAAGCUUUUACCAUGCCAGCACAGCUUCUGCAUGGAACCAUGCAUGGAUGGCCUCGUUGACUACGUGCGUCGCCAGGUGAAAUGUCCAGAAUGCCGUGCAGAGCAUCGUAUACCUUACCAGGGUGUGCAGGCGUUCCCGACCAACGUGACCCUGCAACGAUUCCUGGAAUUGCACAUCGAGAUCACUGGAGAACUACCGGACCCAACCAGCGGCCAAACGAUGGAACGGUGCGGUGUUUGCUCGGAGAAAAGCUACUGUUCCCUUUGCGUCCACUGUGAUAAAAAGUGUUGUCCAGAAUGCAAGGACGCUCACAUGGACAUCCUCAGGCGUGAAAUUACGCGCAUCAAUUCCCAGAUACGCAGAGGGUUGCACAGGUUGCAGGACGCGUUGGCUUUGGUGGAAAAAAACACACUUGGUCUGCAAACAAACUGUGCCUCGGUCGCAGAAGAGGUGGACGAGAUUUAUCGGAGGCUGAGCAAGGCUUUGAAAGACCGUACGGAACAUCUGCGUAACGAGGUCGAUCGAUACCUGGGCUCCGAGCUCAGAGGCCUGAUUCAGCUCAAAGAGAAUCUCGAAUUGGAAAUCGCGAAUAUCCAGAGCAACUGCGAUCUGGCGGAGGCUCACAUCAAUGAAAACGUACCAUGGGACGAUUCCGAGCUCCUCGAUACAAAAGAGCUCUUCCUCCGUACGGUGGAAUUCAUCAGGAACUUCGAGUACGAAGCGGGGGAUUACAGUCGGCGAGUACGUUUCGUGAUGGCUCACGAUCCAAACCAGCUGGUCCUUCAUGUAGCAGGAUACGGCGAGCUGAAUAUUAAGCCGGAGACCGGAAGCGGAGGACUGCUAGGUAGUUCGAGCAGUUUAGCGCCUCCCGGAGGAUCUCCUGGACUUAUGAGGAGCAAAAGCGACCAUCGGCUGGCUUCCCAAUACCGGCAGCAAGAGGAGGAACGACUCGCGAGAAAUCGAUACGUCCCCGAAUACGAUUACGAUGCGCCGGAGUACGAAGUGCCGCGAAAUAAAUCGAGGUACAGGAGUCGGUUCAUGCGACAUCGUGACGGAGACGAUUCCGACGGAGACUCGAGGUCGACCGUCAGGUUCACGUCGACGCCCCAGGAGUCGUCAGGGCUUCGCGAGCGUGUUCUGGACACGGAGGACGCGGCACGUGGACCGCUCUCCGGUAUUUUUCGUCUCACGGACUCGCCCCGCGUGAUGAAGAAGCUCCAAGAGUACGAGAGAGCCGGCAAGAGAAAGAAAGAGGAACCAGCGCCUCACCCCGCUCCGCAGCAACAGCAACCGGCGAAGCCUCAGGUACAGGUCAGGAAAGUGCCAACCGCGAUGGCGAGGCAGACCAGCGAAGACGACGAGAUUUCCAGGAUCAAAAAGCAAAACAAGUCCACCGCGGCGGCACCUGCGACAGAAACGGUGGAAGAACGACAACCGACACAGCCACCAACGCCCACGCACCAAACUCCGAGAGAAACGCCAACCGAACGAGAACCCGAGGAACCUGCACGAAGACCGAUGCCUGCGAGGAGAACUUCGACGGAUACCCACGCACCUGCGACGAGGAGCGCUUCGUCGGACUCGAGCACCGGCUCCGAGAGUUCUGGGGGCUCGGGAAUCCGGAGCACAGGCGCCCCCUUCACCGCCGAGGAAAUGAAACAAAAAUAUUUGUCCAGGGCACCCUCCACAAACGCUACAUCCACGGUUUCCUCGCCGCCAGCCAAUGCACCGGCUGCAGCCAAAGAUUCCGGCAACGCCUCGCCUGCGUCGCGAGCCUUUCAGAGUCGUUUUUUAGGCACAGGUAACCGUGCAGCUCCGCCACCACCCACGCAAACUCCGGCAGCACGAGAUGAGACUGGCAUAAAGAAGAAAGAAGAAGAGGAGGACGAGGACGAGGAAACGAGCAGUUCCUCGGAAGAGACGGAAUCCGAGACCGAAGAGGAAUCGGAAAACGACGCUCAUCCUCCUGCGACGGGCUCUUCGGUGACGACGCCGACGGCACAGGAUCGUCAGAGGAGCGAAUCCGCGAUGGCGAGGACAGACAUCGGUCCUCUGCUUGCUCGCAGCGCUGAAGCGAGACGCGGCAGCAAAGAAGAUUCACCGUCCACCAGGUAUUCGUCGCCUAGAGGAAGUCCCGCGCACUCGGUGACGAGCCCGACAGCGACGACGACGACGACGACGGGCGGCGCCGCGACAGCACCGGCCGGCUACACCAGCAGGUUUCUGAACAAGAGCAGGAGCCAGGCGGCCAUGAUGGCGAAUCGGGAGCGGGAACGGGAACGGGAACGAGAACGGGAACGGGAGAGAGAACGGGAGAGAGAGCGGGAACGGGAACGAGAGAGGGAACGAGAGAGGGAUCGAGAAAGAGAACGAGAGCGGGAAAGAGAAAGAGAACGGGAGAGAGAACGAGAUCGAGACGUGGACACCGAGGUCGAGUCGCCUCUGUCAACGAGGUCACGGUACGCGGCGUUGAAGGAAAGAAAACAACGACUAGCUCGGUCCAGAAGCUCGCACAACUUCGGCGGCGAUGACCUCGACCUCGACGAGGAGCCACCCUCUCCGACGACCCAGUCGCCGAACGCUUAUUUGGCAGCCAAGUACGGAGCCGGCUCUGAGCUGGCCAGAAGUCGGAGCACUCAUGCUCUCAAGUCUAGAGAGCCAAGUCCAGAGCGCGAUAGACCAGGAACCGAGAAAGAUGGUGCCGCUUUGAGCUCUUGGGCACGGUACCUGAAGAAUAAGUACGGGAAUCGUAACGCCAAGGACAAGGAGCCUUCGUCGUCUACCUCGACUAUUCCAUCAUCGAGCAGCAGCGCAACCUCGAGGAGGUUAUCGCUGGGCCUACCAUUGAGGCACACUGGUCAAACAUCCUUCGAAUCUUCUGACGACGAUCAAAAAAACCCGUCAGGCUCCCCCACGUCCCCUACAGCAGCUCCCGUUAUACCCGCGGCAGCAGGUUCCUCCACUAGUAAUGGCCGGAGGAGUCACUACUUGCUGAAGCGGCGGCAGCUGUUCAAGUUUGGGAUGCGGGGGAGCGAAGCCGGAUGCUUUACUUGGCCGAGAGGCCUAGCGGUUGGCCCGGACAACACCAUCGUCGUGGCCGACAGCUCUAACCAUCGUGUUCAAGUAUUUGACUGUAACGGGAACUUCAUGAAGGAGUUCGGAACAUACGGAAGCGGUGAGGGUGAAUUCGAUUGCCUCGCCGGGGUGGCCGUGAACAGGAUCGGGCAAUAUAUCAUCGCGGAUCGUUACAACCACCGAAUACAGGUUCUCGAUCCUUCCGGUCGUUUUCUGAGAGCGUUUGGCUCCCAAGGAACCGCAGACGGUCGAUUUAAUUAUCCUUGGGGAAUCACCACGGAUGCUCUUGGAUUUAUUUAUGUGUGCGAUAAAGAGAACCAUCGCGUACAGGUAUUUCAAUCGGACGGUACGUUCGUGGGGAAAUUUGGUUCGUGCGGAAGCGGACGUGGGCAAUUGGAGCAUCCUCAUUACAUCGCGGUGAGCAACACUAACCGCGUGAUCGUGAGCGACGGGAACAACCACCGUAUACAGAUUUUCGACGUGAACGGCCGUGUGCUGACCUCCUUCGGAUCCGAGGGCUCCGACGAGGGUCAGUUCAAGUUUCCCCGGGGCGUCGCUGUCGACGACCAGGGCUACAUCGUGGUCGCCGAUUCCGGUAACAACAGGAUACAGAUAUUUAGCCCAGAGGGCGCGUACCUCAAGAGUUUCGGCGGCUGGGGUAGCGGCGACGGCGAAUUCAAGGGCCUAGAGGGUGUUGCUGUCACGUCGACCGGUAAUAUCGUCGUCUGCGAUCGCGAGAAUCACCGCGUCCAAGUUUUCUGAUACGUUUCUGUCUAUCUGCCUGUUUCCCUUUCUCACCCGUCUUUCUUUCUACCCUUAUUUUCGUCGACCAGGGACGUCGAGCGAUCUCAAGGAGCUUUAAAAUCGAUACAGCAUUUCUCAAGGUUCUUUCUAACGUACGCGUAAUUAGAACAACGUCGUGGUCCGUACAUCGAUACGAGAACGGGCUUUCCGAGUGGACGGACAAUAUCGCGUGGAAACGAAAAAAAAUGAAAUCGAGCAUCGUUUCGGGGGUUGAAACGUUAACCGCUUGCUUCGUUAGGAAUUAACAUAGGCGUGUUGUGUUGAGCUAAUAUUCUCGCAGGGGAAGCCCUUUGAUUACAGACCAUGGAAGCUAUUGUCACCGAAUGGGAGAGGGAUUAUUCGUCUGCUCGCUAUCGAUCGGAACUUACCUCCCUUUUGCGAUUUAUCUCGAUGAUGUAACUCGUCGAGCAAAGAAACUCUUGGACGUCGGUGGUUCAACGAAAACGUACAUCGUUUAUCUAGUCUUCUCUCUCUCGUCGUACCCCCUCCCUCGCUCUGUUACCUUCCUCGUGCGCACAUCAUAUCCGCGUAACUUAAUUUAAUUUAUACUCAAAGUGACAACAAUACAGUUUGUACCGUUUGUAUGCUUUAAAUAAAUUGUUGCGGAAGAAAGAAAAAUUAAACAAAAAUGGAGAAACAGA